CAGGGACUCCCACCUCCCCUGCGGAGCACCCAGCAGCGCCCACUGCCUGAGCCGCCGAGCCGAGGGGAGGCAGCCCGGCCGCGCUCGCGCACGCUUUCCCAGGGAGAUGCCUGCUGAGCCGGGCCGGACCUCGUGAAGGACGGGCUCGGGCUCGGGACCGGCCCGGGCCGGCGGCAUGCAAAGCGACGGUGAGCCCCAGCCUUCGGACCCGGCCGUCCCCACCAUCAAGGUGGUCCUGGUGGGUGAUGGGGGCUGCGGCAAGACGUCUCUACUGAUGGUUUUCGCCAAGGGAGAGUUUCCGGAGGCCUAUGUACCCACUGUCUUUGAGCGGUACUCCAUUACCUUGCAACUGGAUGGCAAACCCGUGAAUCUCUACCUCUGGGACACAGCAGGACAGGAAGACUAUGACCGCCUCCGCCCGCUGUCCUAUGCCGAUGCCCAGGUCGUACUCAUGUGCUAUGAUGUCAUGAGUCCCAACAGCUUCGACAACAUCCUUUCUAAGUGGUAUCCGGAGGUGGCACACUUUUGCCCAGGGGUACCCAUCAUCUUGGUAGGCUGUAAGACUGACCUGCGCAAGGACAAAGUGCUGCUGAAAAAACUCCGUCAGGAACGCCAAGAACCCAUCACCUACCAGAAGGGCCAGAUGAUGGCAAGAUCAGUUCGAGCGGUCACUUAUAUCGAGUGCUCUGCCUGGCUCCAGGACAAUGUCCCAUUUAUCUUCCAGGAGGCAGCAGUGGCUGCCCUCCGAAAGCGCCGUCGAAGGCGAAGGGUGGCUUGGAAAGGCUGUGUGGUGACCUGAAGGCUGAGGUCACCUCUCCCGCCCUAGCCCUGGGCCUGCCCCCUUAUCCAGCAUGGAGAUCCUGCCAGAAAUCCUGUCCCUUUCAUUCCCUUCCAAGGAGAAGCCAGAAGGGGCUGAGCAGGCUGGGUGGACUUGGCCUCCGACACCAGGGUUGAUUUUCAUCAUUGCCAGCGAUGAACUUUAUUCUACAUACUAAAAAUAAAGAUUCUCAUGACCCUAAAAGGUGGCUCCUGAGAGCCUCCAGGACCUGGGAUUGGAGUGAAGCUCCCUCUGGCUGGGCCAGGAAGCUCCUGAGGCCACCUCACCCCUUGGCACUUCCUCUGGACACGAGCAUGUUGCCCCCUCACGAAUGAACCUGAAAGCGACCCUUUUCUUAGCCCCUUCUUGCCCCGGGAGCUGGGGGAGGAGCUGCACCCGCCCCAUCUUCUACAUGAAUAAUUAUUAUUAUGAAAACU